AUGAACCCUAUUCCCAAGCAACAGCGCGCUGCUGUUCGUAUCGGGUCAGGCGACACGGCCACCACCAGUAUUGAAACCAUUGAUGUGGAUCUUCCCGGACCAGGCGAGAUCUUGGUCCGCAUUACGUGGACCGGGUUUUGCGGCUCUGAUAAGUCUCUCCUUCAGGAUGAAUGGGCCGGGUUUGGGGUGACAAUGAAGCCCCAGAGCAAGGGGGUCGCGGGACAUGAAGGUGUCGGCGUUGUUGUAGCGGUUGGCGAAGGCAUGGAGAGCCGUUGGAGCAUCGGGGACCGCGCUGGAAUCAAGUGGAUUGCGAAAACCUGCGGCGAAUGCGAGUUUUGUUUGAGCGGCGUGGAUGAGGUCAACUGCCUCAGACAGAUCAACAGCGGGUUUACCACCCCGGGUACCUUCCAAGAGUACUGUGUGGCUGAUGGCCGGUAUACUUCCAAAAUCCCCGACGGGGUUUCGGAUGAAGAGGCAGGGCCUAUCAUGUGCGGUGGAGUGACUGCCUAUGUUGCAUGCAAGCGGGCCAAUGUCAAAGCUGGCCAGUGGAUUGUACUCCCCGGAGCUGGCGGUGGCCUAGGUCAUCUGGCGAUUCAAUAUGCACGCGCGAUGGGCAUGCGAGUCAUUGCUAUCGAUGGCGGUGAUGAUAAACGAGAGUUGUGCCAUAAGCUUGGGGCGGAGGUGUUCAUUGACUUCCUAACCACAACAGACAUUCCUGCGGAGAUCAAGAAGAUCACGACGUACGGCGCACAUGGAGUAAUCGUGACAGCUGCAACCAAGACAGUGUAUGCGACAGCGCCCACAUAUCUUCGUCCGAAUGGCACGUUGGUGGCUGUCGGCCUGCCUGCGGACCCCACCGUACUCGCCGGAGCUCCUCCCAUGUUGUUGUCUCUCAGGAGAUUGAAUAUUGUUGGUACUCUGACAGGGUCGCUGAAAGACGUUGAAGAGGCUCUGGAUUUCACCGCACGAGAUGUCGUCCACCCCGUUUUGGUCAAGGGAAAACUCGAAGACCUCAACUCGUGGGUCGAGAAGAUGAAGAAAGGUCAAUUGGCUGGGCGCGCAGUGCUUCAGGUUGCGAAUUGA